AUGGAAGCAGAUGAGGUCACAGAAGAGCCUCCUCCUACCAGCAUGGAUGCAGAGGAGCACUCUUCAAAGGACCCCUCCGCCAAGGACUUACAGGAGAACCCUAUCUCGGAAACUGUCUUGAAGCCUUCCUUCUCUGAGACCCCUUUAGAACCCCAUACCUCUGAAUCCCUUUUGGUGCCAUCCCCUUCCCAGACCUCCUUGGAGCCCCAUACCUCUGAAACCCAGAAGCCUUCCAUCUCUGAGAUCCCUUUGGAGACUCCUACCUCUGAGACUUCAUUGGAAAGUCACAUUUCAGUGUCAGGGAAACAUCUUGCUUUUCCUUCCCCACCUGUAAGCUAUGCCUCUGUGUCUUCCCUUGAUGCUUUGUGGGAUAACCUCGCCUCUGAAUUUUCUUCCAAUGAGGUCCCACAGAUAAAGAGGUCCACCCAGGUCUCUGAGAGCCUUCUAAAGCAUGCUCUUUCAGGCCCUUCAUCCCAGGUCCACAUGGACACAUCAACAAAGUGGAAGAAAGAGGGAGGAGAUGAUGAGAAGGAAGUGGAUACCAGUGACAGCUUUGCUUACACAUCCCAACCUGGACACCAGCCGGGUUAUACAGCCCACCCAGUGGUCCCUGUUAAGCAAGCAGAGCUGGUGCAAGUAGCUAAGGCAAUGCACAAAGAGGAGUUUGGUAUUUGCUUGAAUAAUCUUUUCCAGUGGGAGAAGGAUGCAGCCCUGAAUGCCAUCCAGACAGGUCUCUACAUUGGCUGGCGCUGCCCCCAUUACCUAUGGGACUGUUUCCGGAUCGGGGAUGAGUCCAAAUGCUUUUGUGGACACUUGUUGAGAGAACACAAGAUCAUCUCAGACAUAUCCGUGCCCUGCAAUGUGAGCAAGUGCCGCUGCCUCAUGUUCUGCUUUAUCCCAUCACGCCCAGAGGAGGUGGGUGCGUUCUGGCUCAGGAGACGGGCCACCUUCAACCCUCAGGCCUGGAGGGCCCAAUGUCGCUGCAAACACACCCAUGAAGAACACAUAGCCAAUGGGUCCCAUCCCUGCAGGCAUCAUGGCUGCUGCUGCAAUUGUUUUGAGUCUAAUUUCCUCUGUGUGGCCUGUGACCGACGCUGGGAGGAACACGAAACUUUCUUUGAGACAGAAGAAACCAGACGACGAGGAGGGAGGCCUUAUGGGACAGACAUUGUCAACAACUGGCACAGGCCUUUGUGAGCCUGGCACAGAUCAGCAAUAAAGGGAAAGGAACUGGAA